UAGAGUGUCUUGCCAGCUCCGUCAACCACCGCCUCCGCCUCCGCGUGCCACCGCCAUGAAUGGCGAAGCCGGCCAGGAUUCAGGGACGAGUCUGUAUGCAGCGCUGGCGGAGCGGUGCCGGAGCCUGGAGGCGGGCCUGGCGAGCCUCCAGCAACAGUUGGAUGUGCUGUUGCGAGAACAGAGUAGUAGGAGCUGUGAGGAGUCCGGACAAGAGGUGGCGUCGGAUUCAGGUGACUUGACGUCAUAUCCCGGCUGGGGUUACGUCCCCGGAGCAUUCUUUGACGGGAGUCCGUACAAGAACGUGUUAGAAUACAUGGGACAUGCAGUUCACGUUAGCAGACCUGCUACUGAGGAGAUCAUCUACUGGAACAGAUCAGCUGAAAAACUGUACGGAUAUAAAGAUGAAGAAGCAAUCGGACAAAGUGCCAUAGAACUGCUAAUUGACAGAGAGCAUCAGGAAUGGGCUGCAUCUAUAUCGGAGAGGUUGUGGCCAGGGUCAGGGAAGACAUGGUCAGGGCAAUUACCCUGCAAGAAAAGGUCAGGUCAGAGGUUUAUGGCAAUGGUGACCAAGAAUCCAUUGUAUGAGGAUGAAGAGCUUGUAGGUGUCAUCACUGUUUCAAGUGAUGCAGCUUUAUUCAACAGCAUAACAUUGGGAAAUCUUAAUAGAUCAUAUGAAGCUCAACAUAAUGGCCAAGCUGGGAUAAGGACAAUAUAUCCAAAAAGGCUUCAAUGGCGUCCACGCCCUUUAAUUGCACCUUCUGUAUCCGAGCCACCUAAAGCACCUGCGGCUAAGGUUUUCUCAAAGCUGAAUAUUGCAGGAAUGGUGAAACUGUUUGGAAAGAAUCAGACAAAUGGUUGCAGUUUAGCAUCCAUGGAAGUAGAUGAGACAUGUUCUCCAGAGACCUCACAGGCUAUUAAUAAUGGACAGGGAGAAACUGAGCCAGAGCCAAAUAGGAUUGCGAAAUAUGAAAUUCGUUGGGAAGAUAUAAGAUUGAAGGAGGAAAUUGGGCAAGGCUCAUUUGCCAUUGUGUAUCGUGGAAUCUGGAAUGGAUCAGAUGUUGCUGUUAAGGUUUAUUUUGGAAAUGAAUGCAGCGAGGGGACCUUGCUUGACUACAAGAAAGAGAUUGACAUAAUGAAAAGACUUAGACAUCCAAAUGUACUGCUGUUUAUGGGGGCGGUUUCUUCACAAGAGAAACUAGCGCUUAUAACUGAAUACCUGCCCAGGGGAAGUCUCUUUAAAACGCUUCAUAAGAGCAGCCAACAAUUGGAUACUAGACGGCGUUUAAGGAUGGCCCUGGAUGUGGCUAGAGGUAUGAAUUAUUUGCACUGUAGGAAUCCGCCCAUAGUACAUCGAGACCUGAAAUCUUCAAAUUUACUGGUUGACAAGAGCUGGACAGUGAAGGUUGGGGAUUUUGGUCUUUCAAGACUGAAAAUUGCAACACUUCUUACAGCCAAAUCUGGUGGAGGAACUCCCCAGUGGAUGGCUCCUGAAGUCCUUCGCAACGAACCUUCAACUGAAAAGUCGGAUGUGUUCAGCUUCGGUGUCAUUUUGUGGGAAUUGAUGACAGAAUCGAUACCUUGGAGCGACCUCAAUUCCUUACAGGUGGUGGGAGUUGUUGGCUUCAUGGACCGCAGACUGGACAUUCCAGGAAACAUUGAUCCUAGGGUGUCUUCCAUAAUUCUCGAUUGCUGGCGAAGCAACCCCGAAGAUCGCCCUUCGUUUCACAGCAUCAUUGUGAGGGUGGUGGAUGUGAUUCAGGCAUGUAGCAGGAAGAACUAACUCAGAUCCUUGAUCUGUUUUUGUUAAUGCAGAAACACAGACAAGGCAUGGGACAAUGUUGUUGCCUGCCAUUUUGUGUCUGUGUUAGUAUUUCUUUAGGUUACAAUGUAAUCUGGUCUUUAAUUUUCCAGGCACCAAAGCAGCCCAAAGUUAUAAUCCAAUCACAAAACCAUACUGAUUAUUACAAUGCAAUUGAAUUUUCUGCAAA